AUGUUAGCACGCACUCAGGUCACUACCGCGUCCAAAUGCGCCGUCGGUUCGGCUGAGCAACAGCUCCUGAGAGCCACGACUUCAGCACCCCUCUCGAGAAAGUUCACAGCCUCCUCAGCGUUGCAGAAAGAGCUGACACUACUUCAAGAUAAAAAGUAUGGGUUCGGGUUCGCACGCUCGAACCCUCGGCCUCCCAAGCCAAGAAGUAAAGGGGUCACCGAGAUUAGAGGUCCAUACUAUACAGUCAUGGGCAAGCGAUAUCUGGCUGAUGUGCUGGAAACCAUGGAGACACACGUGGAUGGCCUGAAGUUUGCUGGAGGCUCAUUUACCCUUUUCCCGGAGAAGCCUCUGAGGGAGUUAAUAGAUCUUGCCCAUGAGCACGGCGUCUAUGUGUCAACAGGUGGAUGGGCUGAGCAUCUGCUCACUCAUCCGGAUCCAAAUACUGUCUUUGAUAAGUAUCUCAAGAAGUGCAAGGACCUGGGGUUUGAUGUUGUCGAACUCUCCUCUGGCUUCUUGUCGUUGCCCGAAGACGACUGGCUCCGCCUGGUUGAUAAAGUGCAUUCACACAAGUUGAAAGCAAAACCAGAACUUGGCAUCCAGUUCGGUGCCGGUGGGGACACACCUACUUCUAGUCUUGAAGCCAUUGGGACAUCGGACCCGGUCAAGCUCGUCAAUAUGGGUCGAAAAUUUCUUGACGCUGGUGUCGAGCGUCUGAUGAUCGAGUCUGAAGGCAUCACGGAGAACGUCGAGUCCUGGAGGACGGACGUUGUAUCCACAAUCAUGAAGGAGUUACCAUCCGAACGUGUCAUGUUUGAGGCAGCAGAUCCCAAAGUGUUCAACUGGUAUGUCCGCGAAUUUGGCAUUGAUGUCAACCUGUUCGUGGAUCAUAGUCAGAUCGUUCAGCUGUCCUGCCUCCGACAGGGCAUAUGGGGCACAGCUGAUACUUGGGGGAAAGUGGUAUCUUUUCGGCCAGACUAG